AUGAGCGACCCAACAAACCCACAUAUAAAAGAUCGCUCUACACCUCAAUGGGGUCUCUACCAGCGAGAGAACUUCUGGAAGCAGAAUGAAGGAACGACACCUUUUGACUAUGGUCCCGCCAAACAUAUAGAAACCCUAACUUCUACAGACCCCCGAAAAAUGGAAGAAAGAGCGAAGGAGAAGCUGAGUGAAGGCGGCUGGUAUUACGCCUCCUCAAAUGCAGGAAUGUCGAACACACACCUCGUAAAUCGACAAGCCUUCUACCGGCACCGACUAAUCCCAAACCAACUAAUCGACACAAACAACCGCUCGACAAGAACAACAAUCUUCAACCAUUCAGUAUCCGCGCCAAUCGGCUUCGCCCCAAUCGGAAUAAACAAAAUCUACCACCCGUCCGGCGAAGCAGCGGUCUCAAAAGUGGCCAGCGAGCUCAACCUACCGUACUGUCUCUCAACAGCCGGCAGCACGUCGAUUGAAAAAGUCGCAUCAGCAAACGGGCCUACAGGCACCCGCUUUUUCCAACUAUACAUGCCGCACGACGACGAGCUGACAGUAUCGCUUCUAACGAGGGCAUGGGAAAACGGGUUCGACGCGCUGAUUCUCACGACGGAUACGUGGCAGCUUGGAUGGCGACAUGACGACGUCGCAUCGUCGAAUUAUGCAUUCUACCGUGGAUUCGGGGCGGAUAUGGGACUUGAAGACCCUGUUUUUCGGAAGAGAUGUGUAGCGGACGGUAUUGAUCCUGAUGAUCUUGUUGCUGCGUCGACGAAGUGGAUUGAUUCUGUUUGGCAUGGGCGGGCUUGGUCGUGGGAGAAGAUUCCUUGGUUAAUGGAGACUUGGAGGGCGAUUAGUGGGGGACGGCCGUUUGUGAUUAAGGGGAUUCAGUCGGUUAGUGAUGCGAGGAGGUGUGUUGAGCUCGGGGUUGACGGAAUUGUUGUGAGUAAUCAUGCUGGGAGGCAGGUUGAUGGGGCUGUUGCUAGUCUUGAUGCACUUGAGAAGAUUUCCGAGGCCGUUGGCGAGAGCAUUUAUGUCAUGUUUGAUUCUGGGGUGAGGGGGGCUAGUGAUGUUGUUAAAGCGUUGGCACUGGGGGCGCGAUUCGUGUUUAUUGGUCGGCUUUGGAUUUGGGGGUUGAGUAUUCAGGGCGAGGAUGGGGUUAGGCAUGUUAUGAAGUCGUUGCUGGCGGAUUUGGAUAUUUUGAUGGGUAUUGCUGGGUUCAACGGAGUUGAGGAUUUCAAUCGGGACAUUCUUGAGUCGGAUCCGAAGAACUACACGCUCCUACCUCAGAAGACUUUGUGA